AUGUCCUCGCCACCGUCCCCCAGACCACCUCCUCGACCCAUCGCCAUCCGCACGGAGAACAUCGCCGCCGAGGAAAUCACCCUCUUCAUCCAUAAUAGACCCGAACCAUGGCAUCCCCUGGAUUACACUGUCGAAUAUAACGGGGUAACGGUCUUCACGGUCCUCGGACACCCAUUCAGCAUUGGACAGCGUCGCACGUUCUACGACCGCUCGGGACUGCCCCUCUUUGACCUGCGCAGUCGAUGGUACAGCUCCUCAAUUCUGGACCUCAAACUCCCCGGCGGAGAGAACAAUCUUCUAACGGCUCGAUUGCGCGUUGCAGUCCGAGCUCCCCGAGCGGUCAUCACGUUUCGAAAUGCUCUUGCGUCCGCGGGGCCGAGUGAACGGUUCCCUGGAAAUCAUGUCACCAUGGAAGUGCGCGCGCAGGAUCUCUAUAAUAUGAUCCAUGUCGUCGUGGUGGAGGAUCGUCAUGUGGCGUAUAUUCACCGGGUUACGGAUCCCGAGCAGUUGACCGAGGGUCAGAUGUCGCCGUUUCGACUGCGGCCGAAGUGGGAGGUGAGGAUUGCACAGGGAGUGGACUUAUCGUUGAUUGCUGUUGUGGUGGUCAUUAUUGGGCAGGAUGCUGGCGAUAUCUCGUAUAACAGUCCUGGGGUGGUUAAUUAA